AUGCCAGAGUUGCCGCGAACAACUGCCCCAGCGACAGCAUCGGCCUCCGCGGGCGUAAUGAACAGUGUGCUGCCGGCCUUGAGCGACCGACGUUCCUCGACAUCAACCGUCCUCAAACAUCCCUCCCCAGUUGCACCAGCCUCUAAACCAGCCACGCUGCCCGCUACCCAUCUAGCUGGGCAUGCUGUCACAGGGCAAUCUCAUACAAUGGCAACACCAAGUAGUGCAACCUCCACCAGCCCCACACGUCAUCGCGUACCUUUGCCUUCUGAUGUAGCAAGCAAUGCCCCAAGCGGACAUGGAGUCGCCCACCCCCCCAUGGGCCUGUUCAAACACGCGGCCAUACCACAUUCCGACGAGCCUCAACAGCCAGAGGCCGCUACCGGCACACGUCCGGCCGUACUGCCACUCAAAGACCCGGCCGCUGAAAAGGAGGUGCAUAAGAAUCCGCUUCCGCAGAACAAACAGAGCACACUCCGCGUCACAACUGUAUCACCGGCUGCACCCCCGGUUCUGGCGUCCUUGACCAAGGCGAGCCCGUCUCCCAUAUCCCCCAGUGCCAUCUUCUUUGGCCUCCAGUCUGGAAGUAAUGAUCAUGCCAGCCCACGCCUCGCAUAUAAAAUGAAGCGAACCGGCCGCCCAGGCAUUCUGCCGCCAAAUUUAAAGUACUCGACUGGAUCGAGGACACCCCCUACGUCGUCGGGCUCGACGCCUACACGCACUCCUACGGACACGCCGCCGAAAUCGUUCCGAGACGGCCUUGGUAUCAAGACACAGCCACCGCCGCUGCCGCAUUCAAGACUGUCUGCGCCCACCGACCCCAACCCGGCUUUUGUUGAGAGUGACCUGGUAUCCAAUGCAUCGAGCCCACCACGUCGUGUAGCUCGACAGCAGAAUAAUGACACAGAAUUCCUGGAUGGCCCAACCAAUCGGACUGGGGUCAACGGGCUUAGGCGGCGCCGAGAGUCGGCCGUGGAGCUGGCAGAGCCUCCACAGAAACGUGCCAAGACUUCCCACAGCUCUUCUUCCCGAUCCAACUCCCGGAGGCCAUCGUCAGACUCGGACGGUGUCGUCAAGACUGCACCUACUUUGGCAAUCUCGCUCUCCUCGGGCCCGGAGUUCCCAAUAACUUCUGAGGUUUUGGUUGACACUGUCAACCCGACAGAUUCAUCCGACAGUGGCAUCGAAGAAGUCAGUGGCCAGGCAGAUGUUGCUGACGUUGAAGCAGACAGGGACAUCGUCAGCCUGAGUUCCGGGCAAGACUCGGAUGCAGGAGGCAGCUCUUCCGAUGAGGACGACCUCACCGACUCUGUCGACGUCGGCCCCGAGGACGCUGCUGCCGUGUUGUCGUCUGAUUCCCCAGCAUCGUACUCGUUUGCGCCCAGCGGCCGGGCUUACAACAAAUAUAUUGACAAGGACGGAACCGUGCAUGGGACAAAAGGAGCUAUCAUCCCCGAUGGCUACGAGCUGUGGCCAAAGCGAACGACGCCGUGGAUCUGCCCUGUCCGUACGUGCCGUAAACUCUUUCCAGAACUGGUCAGCAUGGGUGGCCAUUUUUCGUCAACUGACCGUGUUUGUAUUGGUGUCCGGCUCCAGCGAGGGCAUCGAGCAACCAAUUUGAACGACAAUCUGGACGGCACAUUGACUGUAGUCAAGCAAGUGUCAACCAAAUCCGAACGCCUCGGUGCCCGCGUAGUCUCGCAACAGGCGCCCACAAAGCUUGAACCCCUGGCCAAACCCUUGGUGUCGAAAUCAGCUAAGAGAAGUAGGUUUGGCAGAAAAAACGUUUCAGCAACAAAAGCUCACCACAAGGAGACACUCGAUAGUGAGGUGGCUGUUUUAUCAAACGGUGUCGCCGCGCAGAGACCGCCAACGAAGUCACUCACGGCACCGGUAAAGCGUCCAACAAAGGAGCUUCUGGUGUCUGCGUCUGGCCGGGAGUACACCAAAACCAUAGAUGGCGACCUUGGUUUUGGUGUACUCUUUCCGGAUGGUUACUCUAAGAGCUCUGUUCCGGAUAUGCCGUGGCUUUGUCCGGUCCGUGACUGUCAACGUGUUUUUCAGAGGAUCGUCAACCUCGGGGGACAUUUCACACGGAAACACCGGCAUACGCUCUUCAAUGACAAUAGAGACGGCACACUAUCCAAAGUUGGCGUCCAUGCCCAUAUGAGAGCAUUUGUUGUGUCCACUAACAAGCGACCUGCGUCCGAACUGGGGCCUCUGGCACCGCAGGUACCUGCGGGCGCUCAGGCCAAGGCUGAUGCCUUUGCCCUGUCGCACUCUUUGCCAUCUAAGCCCCCGAGACCAAGUGUACUUUCCAAAAGCGCGGUCCGAACCGACGGUCCAUCCCCGGGACCCGGCGAUUUUGCGAUUCCGCGUCCGGUCGACCCGCAGGCGACAUGGGAGUACCUGCAGUCCUUUCUGGCGCCGGCGCUCCGACGCCCUGCACCGCCCAAAUCGGGCUACAGCAGCCUAUUUCUGGCGGCCCAGCGCGUGCGCGACAUUAAGUGGAACGAGCGGCGUGUUGUGCCCGUGGGCGGACACACGACGGCGAGCAUUGUGUCGGCGUUGAUCCAAAUGAGCGGUGACUGGGUGCCCAAUCCGUGCGACUGCUGCCGGUCAGGCCAGGGCCUCUAUGACGGCUGCAUUAUUGCGAGCAGCAAGGGCACGGCGGACAUGAAUGUGGCCUUUUCCAAGUGUGCCAACUGUGUGGAGCGCAAAAUACCGUGCAGCUUGCAUCCGAUUUUCCGGCCACGGUUCGCCAAGCUGUUUCCGCACCUCAACUACGACGCGGCGUAUCGCUAUGCGCGGUCGGGCAAUUUCGGAUUCAGCGAGACCAUGGCGGUGUCGCAGCCGCAGCGCUUGAAGGCGGUCACGGCGGGCAAUGUGCGCCGUGAGAGGGGGUCGGCGACCGAGGCAGGCGGCGGCGGCGGCGGAGCGGACAGCGGUCCUGACCCGGCGUCGAGUGAUGACGAACCUCUGGCGCGUGGGGUGCCCCACCGCGCCGGACAAAAGGCGCGGCCCGCACGAGUGGCCGGUUUCCAGCAGCACGAGCCAAACAAGCUUCGACUCGACGGCCGCGACCGCCGCCGCUCGGGCCGCGUUGCCGGUAAGGAGGUCGACGUGUUGCCAACAGGGCGAACAGCAACGUCGUCGUCGUCAUCAUUCUCUUCGUCGGCAAUGGCUCUGUCCCGACCGCACACGAACACCGCCAGCAGUAGCAGACUCGCGACGACCAGCAGCGACUCGGCGCUGAUGGCUGCCGGCAACGUGCAGCCGGGUGGUGCCGACGCACUGGAGAUGGAGGACUGGGAGGUGGCGCCCGGACGGGUGCAGAGCAAGGCGCACGAGAACAUUGCCUUUUCCAAUGCGUACCUGACGUCGAACCAGAUGGUCCCGAUCGACCACAACAUGUCGUACCGUGUGGAGGUAGUGCGGCCGGGGCAGUUGGUGUCGUUCAACGCCGACGAGAGGGCGAUGCGGAUGUGCAUGUUGGCAGCAGGCAAGCUGCGCGUGGUGGUGGGCGAGGACCGCUUUGUCAUGGGUCCCAACGGCAUGUUUCGGGUCAAGCCAGGCACGUCGUUUGGCGUGGAGAACCGGCAGUACAUUGACGCGUAUCUGCAUAUUACGGCGUGGAACAACAUUGCAGACGCAUAA